UUUUUACAGUCAGCUGCGCGCACCUCGUAAUAUAUUUUGAGGAUUUCGUAAUAAAAAAUAGAUUGCCGGCUUUUGGUUUGAAAUGUUCAAAAAUAAUUCAGCUGUAAUAAAAUGUCGGACUGGUAUUGGCGGGUAAUUGCUCUGAAGGCAGCGUUUGCUUUAAGUUUUAUCGUUUGUAGUUUACGUGCGGACGAUACUGUGCAAAAGUUACCGUUCUGCAAUCCUAAUAAUGUUAAGGACGGUCCCGUCAUAGUCAGCACAUUGGACGGACGGCUCACAGCCUUCUCAACACAGAAUGGCCUCAAAGCUUGGGAUUUGGAGACACAGCCGCUGCUCUCGUCAAAUCUUCACCAUGUCGAGCUCACAUCUGGAGGAAGGGUCCGCUUGGUCCCGUCGCUCAGCGGCAGCCUGUACAGUCUCAGCGGGGACAACAUUGAGCCGUUACCCUUCGAUGCUGACCAACUGUUGUCCUCAUCAUUUAAGUACUCGGACGACCUUGUUAUAGCUGGUAAGCCAUUUCAAUAUUUUAAUAUUCCUCCAUCUGUCUUUAAAAUUGUUAAACUCAUAUUUAAUUUCAGGGAGUCAAAACGCGAGCGCGUACUACGUGAAGUGAGAGCCCUAGCCAAGUUAGACCACGAACACAUCGUGCGGUACUUCAACGCGUGGGUGGAGGAACCGCCGCCGCUGUGGCAGAAACAGAGGGAUGAGGUGUGGAUGAGAGAACUGGACGGUGUAUCAGUGGCCAUGUCCGAUGAGUACACGGCGACCUCUCCCGCCCCCGCCAAGCGCCCGCCCAGUGACGUCAUGCUGAACCUCAAGUCUUCAGACCUCAGCUUCGACGCGCUGGAGUUCAAGAAGGACGAGCCUUCCAAGAGGAUCAGAUCCUUCAGCUGCGACGAUUCCUUCAGCAUAGUUUUCGAUGAGAACGCACCAUCCUCCGACAAAACUCCGACCAAUGACGUCACAUAUUCAAAGACCAACGACGUCACACACUCAAGGACCAAUGACGUCAGUCACUCGAAGCCCGACGACGACUCGUUCAUAGUAUUCGCUCACUCCGAAACAGAGUCGAAGAGAAACUCCUUUGAUAAGAGAUUGGAGAGAGUUAAAGAGUGCGAUUAUAAGACUGAAAGUUCUACUACUGGGAGGAAGAAGAAGAAGGGCCACACUCGCCACUGGUCCCUGGACAUGGUGGUCCGUAGCUCGGACCCCUCGCCCGCAGGUCCUCACCCGCAGAUGUACCUCUACAUCCAGAUGCAGCUGUGUCGGCGCGACAGCUUGCACGACUGGCUCCGGGACAACCGCAAGUGCGACGCCAGGGCUGAUAAGGUAAAGAUCCUAUUCAGUCAGAUAGUAUCAGCGGUGGAAUACGUCCACUUAGCGGGCCUCAUCCAUCGAGAUCUCAAACCGAGUAACAUUCUAUUCGCUCCCGACGGCCGCGUCAAGGUCGGAGACUUCGGGCUGGUCACCGCCAUGAACGACACUUCUAAUGAUGGCGAGGAGAAGACUGAUGCUGUGGACCCUCAUCAACGGCAUACGUAUAGAGUUGGCACCCACCUCUACAUGUCACCGGAACAGCUGCUGGGCCGUCCCUACAGCUACAAGGUGGACAUAUACUCCUCGGCUGAUCCUGUUGAGUUGCUGCAGCCCUUCGCUACGGAGGCCGAGCGCGUGGCGUGUCUUCUACGGCUCAGGAACUCUUUGUAUCCUGAACAGUUUACUCAGAGUUAUCCUCAAGAGACGGAAGUCUUAAAGCUGAUGCUAGAGGAUCCCUCGCAGCGUCCAACAGCUACAGGUGUGAGAGCUCGCGCGCCGCUGUUCCAGCUCACCAACCCUGAACAUCACUUCAUACUGCCUGCUAUGGCGGCCGCGUAACAU